GGUGCAUGUCACUUGCACCAGUCAGCCGUGAGAAAGGGACGGAACAAGUGUCGUGGGAAUAUGGCGGCGCAUUAGAACAUGCCACAGUGAUGCAGUUAACGCGUAACGAGAUCGUUCGUAUCAAGUGACCAAAGAAACCGUGGCCUCGCACGCUAAAACAUCCGUCUGGCCAAAUGACAUGGGAAUUUGUAAUCGAAGGCAUUUCCUAUUGACAAUAUGCAUCUUACAACUCAUCACUACAGUAGAACGUCAGGUCUUCGACUUUCUGGGCUUUAUGUGGGCCCCGAUACUGGUCAAUUUCUUUAACAUUAUAUUUGUAAUCUUAGGAUUUUUUGGGGCUUUUCAAUAUAGACCAAAAUAUAUUAUAUCUUACUGUAUAUGGAAUACACUAUGGUUAGGAUGGAAUAUAUUUAUGAUAUGUUUCUAUCUUAAUGUAGGUGUAUUGGAUAAAAAUAGUGAUAUUUUAAAUCUUGGUACUGGUAGUUUUUCUUGGUGGCAUGUCAAUGGACCAGGUUGCAAAGCUAUUUAUGAUGUUACUGAACCAGAAUUAUUUCGACCUGCCCGACCUACAAAUGUAACAGAUUGUGUACUAGAUUAUGAAAUAGUUGAAAUUUUACACGCAUCUACUCAAUGCAUCUUAGGUUUUAUUGCAAUAGUUGGUGGUAUUUAUCUAAGUAAAGUUUUUUUGGAGGAAGAUGAUAGUUUUGACUUUGUGGGAGGUGAUGACUUUGGGUUGGCAGGCCACACGCCGUUGCAUCCUAUGUACGUUAGCUACUCGGCUCUUCCAUCACCUGCCCACCCUCACAAAAAUUCCGCUCAAAAUUACCCCGCAGGCACAGCUAGCUCUCAUCAAUCCGUUUGUCACGAUACCAGCUUCCCAAAACAUAACGAUAAAACGUUUAACAGCUCUGGACGAAGUAAAUGUAGCUUCAGAAACGACACGAUCAAAACUGAUCGAACCAAUCUGUCCAAUCGCGAUUUGAAGUACGUCGAUUACUCAAACGAUUAUUCAAAUCCGUUGGAUCAUUUGCAAAGGCCUGUGUCCCCUUAUGACGAGUACGAUUCGUUGGACAGUGCUGCCAAAUUAAGAUAUCAAAAAAACAAAUUGUAUUAUCCGCACUCGUCCAAGUAUAGUCCCGUUGCAUCACCGUGUGUCAAAUCUCGACCUGCCGCUGCAAAGCAAAAUAAAGCCUCCAACAAGCCUAGAGUCUUUAUCGAUCAUGUUCGCGAACAACCGAUGAGGUCGUUUUAUUCUGAUCCGAGAUUGGCAAUUGAAAAUCAACAGAAUGUGAAUGACCAAGAGAAACAGAAUAGGUCUAAAAGAGACAGUAGACCUUUGUCGUUAUACGCCAGUAAUUUUUAGAUUGUUAGGAAUCAGAGAAAUAUCGUAGUUAUUAUUCUAUUUUAUUUUAUUUUUUUAUAUAUUAAUCGAUUCGAGGUUCGACUCGUUUUAAAUAUAUUUUUACAAAAUUAAUAUACUAUUUUAAACCUAAAUAACUGUCUUAAUUAUAUGUCAUAAUUUUUCUAUAUAUUACAUAUUCGUACGAUGUUAUUUCUCGCAAAAUUUUUAAUUUGUGACGAUUUCUUUUUAAAAUGUAUCGAGAAAAGAUUUCUUUUUUUAUUCUCUCCCAUCACUGCGAAGUAGGACGCGUAUUAUGUCGACCUCAAAUCGAUUAGAAGAGCAUAUGGACUGAGGUUAACCUUUUUUCCUUUCUUUAGCGAAUUCGAAGAUGUAACAUAGAAUUCCUAUCCUUGCCAAAUAGAUAGAACGAUUAGAGAGUAGUUAGUUUAGGAUGCUUUCUCCGAUUGAUUUCUUCUCGUUUAGUCUAAAGAGAAUAUUUUUUUAAAAUCAGUUUUUAACAUCACAGUAACGCGUAAUAAUUUUUACUAUUUCUUUUCUUUGAUAUAUUUCGAUCACGUUUUCCUCUAACGUGAAAUAUAUAUAUAUAUAUAAUGUGUGUUCAGUAGCAUUUGCUUUGUUCAUGUUCGUAUUAAUUAUUUUUCUUUCUUUUUUUUUUUGUUUUUUUUUUUUUUGUUUUUUAACUUACAUUUGCUCAUAGAUAUUUCGAUAUACGAUUUGUAUCGUAUUCGUAACAAUGCAUUUUUAUAUCGAUACAUGCACUGUGAUACAUAUAUAGAAUAUUAUACAUGAAUCGUGUUAUUUGAAAAUGUUUUAAUCGAGCUUUUUAUAUAUAUAUAUAUGUGUGUGUAUAUCGUUAAUCGUGUAAUUUUUGAAAUAGUUGUGUUCGAUAGAAGAGUUUUUGAUAUUGAUAUGACGAAAUAUUGCAUUUUAAAAGUAAAAUGUAUAGCAUGAAUGGAUGAUACGAUUUGUAUCAUGUAAAAAUUUUCACGAAUACAAUAGUAGAGUUGUUCUUUUCCUUUUUCUCUCUCUCUCGUUACACGAAUGGUACUUAUUAAGAAUUUCUUUAAUGAUGCGAGGUAGCCUGGCUUAUAAGAGAUAGAAAUCCUUAGACUGCAUUGAAAUUAGCUUGUAGUAUUCGCGACAUGAUGAAGAACUUUGUUUAUACUUUUAUAUGUAAGGUGCUGCGAAACAUUUCUUCAUUUCAACAAAUGUGUCUAAGUGUUUGGUAAAUGCAUGCUAGUACUUGUUUUUUUAUUUUUUUUUAUUUUUUUUUUUUUUUACGGUUUUUAUUUCCCUCCAUUUAUUUUCGAACGUGUACGUUUUUUUUUUUUUUUUCCUUUUUUGCAUACUUAUGCAAUUGAAAAUUUGUAAGAUAUCGCGAAGUACUAUUACUUCUGACAUUCCAUGGAUCGAUUAACGAAGGAUGUUUAACACGAAUCGAAGUGAUGAAUUCUGAAGUGACAAAAAAAAAAAAGAAGAAGAAGAAGAAGAAAGGAUCUUUUACUUAGAGAACCUUUAUUAAAAUUAAAAUAUAUCUUAUAUAGAAUAUUUUGAUGAUUUGUUGGUUGAAGGUUCGUUCGAAGAUAAAAAAAAAAGUCCAAUUACGAAAGUGAUGAGUAAAAGAAAUUCAACGAGCUCGCGAGAGGAUCGCGUCGAAGUGAAAAAAGUUUCAGCAGGAAAGGGGGAAAAAAAAUUCCGCUUAUUCGCCGCUUUUUCUCUUUCAGACGUUAGCACGGAUAUAAAACAUGAUCGAGCAAAACAAACGAAAAAAAAAAAAAGAAAAGAAAAAAAACAAAAUAUCAAUCUAUUAUCUGUUUACAAAUGCUUUGAUCGACUUAUUAAUCGUUGUAGAUGGCGCGUUGCGCACAAUGAUCGAUCGAAUGAAUACUUAAAUGCGAUCCGAUAAUAGACAAUAAUUAUAGACGAUCGUAUGUGUUCUCAGAAUUGUACGGAAAAAGAAUUAUACACGUUUUACGUCGCAAUGAAUCGAACAGUUAAUUUUUAUAACGUUAAACAUCCAGGUAUAUAUACAGCGAUUAGACAAUAGAACAACAGACUUGCAUACUACUCCAUGUAAUAAUGAAUUUUUCUCAUCAUAUCUGAUUGGACUUCGAAAGAAGAUCUUGUUUGGUUUUGUGCGUUUACUUAAUAAGUGUAAUUUUCGUUAAGAUUUUCUUUACAACGAAUCUAUAUAUAUAUAUAUUCUUAUAUAUUCUUAUAUAUUCCCAAAAUUAUGUUACAUAUGCCGGAUACGUUAGACUCGAUUCAAUUUUUAUUCAAACGUAUAAAUUGCUCAUUAAACGAACGUUGUACAUAUUUACGUAAUUUAUUUUAUAAGUGUGAUAGAGAGAUUUUUUUUCACCGUAUAUAGAUAAAUUUUAUUAGUCGAAUAUAUGAUACAUAUUAUACAAUAAUCAUAUUUCAAAUCCGAAUAUUUAUGUUAACGAGUCACUUCAGAUAAGGUUGUCGAUAAUGUGCGUGUGUGUGUGUGCGUGUGUGCGUGUAUGUGUGUGUGGUAGACGAUCGAAAAUCUUUUUUUUUUUUUUUCUCUCUCCUUCCCUUUGUCGAAGCUUGUACAGUAGUGUCGUUUUUUUUUUUUUUUUCACUGUACUUUUGUUAAGGCCGUAGAUUUUAAUUUUAUAAUUUAUUUUACUGUAUCAUAUAUAAUUUACCUUUUUUGGUGCAGUUCAUUGGCAACAAUAAACGUGCAAUGCCUACUA